CUUCUCUCUGCAGCAAAGAGCAGAGGGGCAGAAACGGCAGCAGCAGCUGUCGCUUUUGUUUUUCAUUUGUUUUUAAUUUUUUUGGCUAGUUAAAAAUAAAAAAUUUCUUCAAAGGGUGGGGAGGGGAGUGAAAUGAAUCAAAUGUGAUGGGAAGUGGAGUUUCCACGCUCUGUCCUUGCUUUAACCCGGUGACAAACCGGUCGAACCGGCGACAGGAUAAUCACCCGGACCUGAUCUUUGCUUCAUCAGAGCCGUUGGAUGAAACCCUAGGCCACUCCUUUUGUUACGUUCGAUCUUCCAAUCGUUUCCUCUCCCCGACUUCUUCCGAUCGUUUCGUUUCUCCUACGCACUCUCUUCGUUUCUCUCCGUCGCAUGACCCGAAAACCCGAACCGGACCCGAAACUUUGUUUAAAGCCAUAUCCGGAGCCUCCGUGAGUGCUAACACGACGACCCCCAGAACUGUCCUCCAACUUGACAAUAUUGACGACGAUGCCACUGAGAAUACCCUCGGUUACGGCGUUCCGAGCAGUAUCGUUAGCGGGAAUGGCUUCGAGAGCACAUCGUUGUUUAGUGCCUUGCCACUGCAGCCGGUGCCACGUGGUGGAGCCCAUGACCCGAUGGAGCGGGGUGGGUUCAUGUCGGGUCCUUUCGAGCGCUGGGCGGUGUCAGGUCCACUGGAGGCCAACGCGGGUCCCGAAGGGAGAGUACAUUUCUCGGCACCGUUGGGUGGCAUUUACGUAAAAAAGAAGAAGAAGGGCAUUUCAGCGAUUUUGAAGAAUUUGUCCGAGAAGAAACGGCCUUGGGUGGUUCCGGUGUUGAAUUUCGUCGGGAGGAGGGAGAAUUCCGAGGAGACGGAGGCUGCGGGAGCGGCGGAGUGGAAGACCGAUGGUGAUGUGCAGUGGGCGUUAGGGAAGGCCGGGGAGGAUAGGGUCCACGUCGUUGUUUCGGAGGAGCAAGGGUGGUUGUUUGUUGGGAUAUACGACGGUUUUAAUGGGCCGGAUGCACCCGAAUUCUUGAUGGGUAAGCUCUAUCGAGCUGUUUUCAAUGAACUCCAAGGUCUAUUUUGGGAGCUUGAUGAAGAAACUGAAAAUAAAACUGAAAAUGAAAAUGAAGCUAAAAAUAAUAGUAACUCACCUAACUUAAUAAUAGCUACAGCUAGUUUAAAUAACACUGAUAGUGAAACUGAGAAUCGAAUGAAAUCUGUUAAGGAGGUUAAGAGUGCCGGGGAGAGUUUAAUUGGGGAGAUUGAAUCGAGUGGAGUGGUAAAAGAGACGACGAGGAGGGUUACAUUUGAAUCAGAGGGGACUGAGAUUAGGAGGAGGAGGUUGUGGGAGUUUCUAGCCGAGGAUGACCCGGAAGAUGGGUUGGAUCUUUCAGGGUCUGAUAGGUUUGCGUUUUCCGUGGAUGAUGCAAUUAGUGUAAGUAAAGAGGCGUCUGCAGUGGGUAGGAGGUGGUUGUUGUCGAAAUUGAAGCAGGGGUUGUCGAAGCAUAGAGAAGGGUCAAGGAGUUUGUUGUUUCCAUGGAGGUUUGGGUUGGAAGAGAAUGAGAGGGCUGAGGUGGUAGAUAAUAGAGUGGAGGAGAUGGUUCAAAAGACUGGGAGGAGAAGGAAAGAAGGUCCGGUUAAUCAUGAAUUUGUUUUGAGGGCAUUGUCGAGGGCUCUGGAAGUAACUGAACUAUCAUAUUUGGAUAUGACAGAUAAGGUGCUUGGAACGAAUCCAGAGCUCGCAUUGAUGGGUUCGUGUUUGUUGGUGGUUUUGAUGAGAGAUGAGGAUGUGUAUGUGAUGAACGUGGGGGAUAGUAGGGCAAUUGUUGCACGGUAUGAACCAGAGGAAGUUGGUUCCAGUAUGGAGGGAAGAGGGCGAGAGGAAAAUGGGUCAAGCAUGGAGGGUAUAGUGGAGGAGACAUUGGCCACGGGUGAAAAGGCAAUUAAGCUGGUGAAGGAGGCUCCUGUUGAGCCCAUGAGAUUGAUUGCAUUGCAGUUGUCAACUGAUCAUAGCACAAGCAUUGAAGAAGAAGUCAUAAGAAUCAAGAAUGAGCAUCCAGAUGACAGCCAAUGCAUUGUCAAUGACAGAGUGAAAGGUCGACUUAAAGUAACCAGAGCAUUUGGUGCAGGAUUUCUGAAAAAGCCCAAGUUGAAUGAUGCAUUAUUGGAGAUGUUUCGGAAUGAGUACAUUGGUACCGUGCCAUAUAUAUCCUGCUCACCUUCUCUUUGUCACCAUAGACUUUGCCCAAGGGAUCAAUUUUUAAUCCUCUCCUCUGAUGGAUUAUAUCAGUAUCUGAGCAAUCAGGAAGUGGUUUCUCUUGUUGAGAGUUUUAUGCUGAAGUUUCCAGAUGGAGACCCUGCACAACACCUGAUAGAGGAGGUUCUUUUCUGUGCUGCCAAGAAAGCUGGCAUGGAUUUCCAUGAAUUACUGGACAUCCCACAAGGAGAUCGAAGAAAGUAUCAUGAUGAUGUCACUGUCAUGGUGAUAUCUCUGGAGGGAAGAAUUUGGAAGUCAUCUGGAAAGUACUUAUGAAACUCUUCACAUACUGGCUUCACAACAAGCAAUUUCUAGAAACAAGUGACUCAGAACACGGAAGUUUCAAAUUCCUUAAGUCCACUUCUUUGAAGCACUUGGAAAAUGUGGGUGCUGGCCCAUUUUUCGUGGGUCUCAAACGGGUUGUUUUUCGGGUCUUACACCGUAAGCAUACAGUUGAUACGAGGAAGUCCAGAUGAUACUAUCAAAGACCAAUGUUAGAUAGUCAUCAGGAGUUGAGUAGAUGCCUGAAAUUUUAUUUCCGGAUAAAAGAAAAAAUCUGCAGAUGGGAUUACCAGGAAAUGCUCUUUAGGGACAGAAAAGAAAGAGAUAAUCUUUUUGUUUCUCAUUUUCAUUAUUUUUCCUUUACUUUGCUUUCUUAGAGGAUUUUGCAUAGGCGGGAGGCUCAUUCAAUUCUGGGUGCCUUCCUUUUUCAUCUUUUUUAGUUUCUUUUUAGAGCCAAAAAGACAAAGUGAAAAUAGUCUGUAAUUUGGUGGUGGGGGGAUACAAACAUUAGGUAUAGUUACCGAACUCGAGCAUUUCCUCGUCAAAAGUGAGCAUCUGUCAUUUUGAAGGGUGAUGUUGGUUCACAUUAGUUGGAAUUUCUUCCAGGAUCCUUUUUUAGAGUUUAUCUUCUGCUCGCGCAAACAAUUUUUCGAGCCUUCGAGCACAAUAAUCAUCUCCAUGGUGAGUUCAAACUAUAUACCAAUAUCAACAAAAAAUAAAAGUAAAUUAGUAAAUUACUCUUGUAUGCUUACAUUUAAGGAAGAAAUUUAAGGAUUUUCGAAAGACUUAUGGGAUAAUACUCAAAUAGAAAUGAAAAAAUUGGGUUAGAGAUCCACGUAGAGAGCUGGUAG